AUGGCGAUGAAACCAAAUGGGAAGUCAAUUGUCUCCUCCGAUUACGAUGACAAAGUCAUGUUCUUCAAAGAUGUGUCACUGGGUCACCACGAAUCUCAGUUGCGAUUUCGGCUUAUCCAUUUCUGGGAGGCUUGGAACCCAAUAAAAAAGACGCUUAUUGGGUUGGAGAUGCUGCUCAUCGACGAACAAGGAACAAUUAUUCAAGGAUUCAUCUCCCCAGGACGUAUUGAAAAAUAUUUGCCUGAGAUGAAGCGAGGGUCUGUCUACAAACUCAACAACUUCUAUGGAUCCAUAAACAAGUCGGUGUUCCGGGUUUGUGAUCAUACCGCGACCGUGUCGUUCUCAUGGAAUUCAGAACUGUCGGUUCUUCUAGACUGUCAGACUCCUUUUGAUGAAGACAGUUUCCGGUUCCAUUCUUAUGAAGAAUUUCAAUCCAGCUGUUAUCUCAAAGGAGACCUCUAUGAUGUUGUUGGCCACAUGAAGUUGGUUAAUGGCCAGAGUAUCAUUGAGGCCUGUGUUCUUGACGAAGUGGAGAUAGAAAAGGCGAGGCGUGUUCUGAUUCAUGUCCAAUCACAUGAUGGACCUGUGAUGAAGGUUUACUUUUGGGAUCAGGCCGCAAGAGACUUCUGCAAAAAGUUUAAUUCGUACGAAAAAACACCCACCGUGUUACUGGUCACGACCGUUAACGCACAGACUCUCGGAGGUACUCUUGCCCUCACCUCAAUGUCCUCCUCGCGUGUAUUUAUGGACUACGAUGUCCAACCUACUAUAGAUUACUUCGGCUGGUUGGGCUCUAAUCCAGCUAUUGCUGAGCAGGUUAAUGCAGAGGUGGUAACUAAACGUGAGGCAAUGACUAUAGGGGAAAUAUUCUCCUACAUCAAGCAGGAAUUUGCAAAGGAUGCUUUUUUUGAGUGCACGGCUACAAUCGAUGACGUCGUCCAUGGCUCUACUUGGUACUACAUUGCGUGCAGUGGGUGCCAUACUAAGGUUACCAAAGGCCCUACUUCGAUGAUUUGUACAAACAGCAAGUGUGGGAAGAUAUCAGUUAAUGACAACAGUGACCAAGCUUCCUUUGUACUACUUGGUGAUGCUGGUCGUGAGUUGACUGGGAAGCCCGCAUCAGAAUUAGUUAGAAACUAUUUUGAGGCUAACGGAAACCAAGAAUGUAACCAUGAGGCGCCUGUCCCGGAAGCUUUGAUCAGCACCAUCGGCCAAAGACACAAAUUUUGUGUCAAAGUGACAGAGCACAACCUAUCUGGCAAGACCCGGUCUCUUACUGUGACCAAGAUCCUCCCUCUAGAUGCUCCAGCAGCCACAAUAUCCUCGGAGGAAGACCACACUACUGCAACUUCGGAGAAAACAUUCAAAAGCCGUCUUGGUUCUGCAGAGGGGAGUAAGAGGACUUGUGACAGUGAUGAGAUAGAGGAAGCUAAACGCUUUAAGCGUGGGAACUAG